AUGUCAGAGUUGUUUUAUGCUGACGCCGAAAGUCCCAUUGUCUUGUUAUCUGCAAAGAAACAUUUUGACCUAUUGUCGACUCCAGAGUUGAGGAAAUAUGCUCAUUACUUAUCCCGUGCAUCUUUCAAUGGCUCCAAGGCAGUGUUGAGGUCGGUAUCGCCUGAAAGUGAGUACAUUUUUGAGUUAAUCUUGGCUAUUCACGAGGCUUUGGGUCAACCAAGCUCGAAUGAAGAGUAUUUUGCAAAAUUGAGUUUUUUGACAGAUAAAGAGACUUUGCAAUACUUGGAGUAUGCUUCUCAGUUUUUGGGAAAUUUGGGUAAUUACAAAUCUUUUGGUGACAGGAAAUUUAUACCUAGACUUUCCCAGGAUAAAUUCGAAACUUUGGUGAAACAAUUGGAUAACGAGGCAAUCUAUGAUUUAUUCCAAAAGUUGAAAUUUGCAAUCUACAGUACUGAUAAGGCGUUACUUGGGUAUAAGGAAAAAGGUCUCGAAACAAACUAUUACCCUUGUGACGAAAUCACCAAAGCCGAUAUUGACUCAGUUGAUAAGGUUUUAACUUGUCUCGGUGUCAUGCCUGAAAACACUAGAAUCGUUAAAAAUAAACACGGUUUUACAGUUUUAGUAGCUUCAGCUAGCAACAAUGAUGUUUAUAAUCUUGGCGACUUGAAAACUGAAGCUGGAGUACCAAUUAGAUUUCAAUUUGGAGACCAUAGCCAAGAGUUUAAGAAGAUUGUCGACGAUUUGCAAAAUGCAUCAAAGUACGUGGCAAACGAAACACAAUCAAAACUUGUCGAGUACUACAUUGAAGCUUUUGAAACCGGUAACAUGAAGGCUCACAAAAAGUCUCAGAUUGAAUGGGUCAAAGAUUUAAAACCUGAAGUGGAAUCAAAUAUCGGGUUCAUUGAAACAUACAGAGACCCUGCAGGUGUUAGAGGUGAGUGGGAAGGUUUGGUUGCCAUGGUCAACCAUGAGCGUACGGCAAAGUUCUCUAAGCUUGUGGAAAACGCGGGAGAGUUUAUUCCUCAGCUACCCUGGGAUUCCCUUUACGAAAAAGAUCAGUUUACUCCUCCUGAUUUUACAUCUUUAGAAGUCUUGACGUUUGCAGGUUCCGGUAUUCCAGCAGGAAUCAACAUUCCCAAUUAUGAUGAUGUUAGACUAAAUUACGGGUUCAAGAAUGUUAGUCUCGGAAACGUUUUAUCGGCAAACCCAAAGAAUCCGAAAAAGGAAGAAAUCAUUACCUUCAUUGAUGAACAGGACCUCUUUAAGAGAUGGAGGGACGAUGCAUUUGAGGUUCAAGUUGGUUUGCACGAGUUGUUAGGCCACGGAACUGGUAAAUUGUUACAAGAAGUUGAACCAGGAAAGUUCAACUUUGACAAGCUGGAUAAACGUGUUAAGAGUUGGUAUGCUCCAAAUCAAACAUGGGGUGGAUUAUUUGGAGCAAUAGCAGGUGCAUAUGAAGAGUGUCGUGCCGAAUUAGUUGCAUUAUACUUGAUUUUGAAAAACCCCAAAGAUAUUUUGCCAAUUUUUGAGAUUACCACACCCGACAGUCAAAGAGAAGUUGCGUUUAUUGCUAGUUUAUUAAUGAUACGGGCUGGGCUACUUGGUUUGGAAUUUUGGGAUCCCGAAGCAAAGAAAUGGGGUCAGCCUCAUAUGCAAGCUCGGUUUGCUAUAAUGAAACAAUUGCACCAAGCAGGUGUUUUCCAAUUUACUCAUUCCCAACCUGACUUUUCUGAUUUGAAAAUAGAUAUUUUUGAGGAGAAGAUUUUUGAUGGUAUUGCUGUUGAUGCAUUGGGAGAUUUCUUGGGGCAUUUGCACGUUUUCAAAUGUACAGGCAAUAGAGAUGAGGGUGUUGAAUACUUUUUGAAAAAGAGCAAUGUUGGUGACGAGUAUGCCAAGUUUAGAGAUAUCGUAUUGAAGGAAAAGAGACCAAGAAAGCAAUUGAUACAGGGUAAUACUAUUUUGAAACAAGAUGGUACAGUAGACUUGGUUGAAUAUGACGAGAGUGAAACUGGAAUGAUUCAAAGUUAUUAUGAUAGAAAUAUUAGAUAA